AUGCACAAUCCCGGCAUAUGCCUCACGGCGUUGAUGAACCUAUUCCUCCUAGCAAUAGCCUUACCCACUGAUGUUCAGGACCAGGUCGCGCAGUCGGAUGGAUCGCUUCUGUCACAGAAAAUGGUACAAUCUGUUGUAACACCUGAGUCAACAUGCUGUAAAGUACUAUCGCUGUUGUUCCGAGACAAAGUUGCCAUUAGUUCCUCAAAUCCAUACAAGCAGUCAUUGGCAUCUUAUUGGUCCGCCCAAGAGCAGGCCGUCCAACCAUCUUGUAUAUACAUUCCAAAAACUGCCAAGGACGUCGCCGCUGCAGUUUUCGUGCUGAAUAUAGCCUCAAAACUCAUCAAGGGCUGUGAAUUUGCCGUGCGAGGCGGAGGUCACACUCCUUUUGCCGGGUCCGCCAAUAUCCAAAAUGGAGUCACCAUUGAUCUGCAAUCUUUCAAGCAGCUUGACAUUUCCCAAGACCAAUCGCAAAUCAGCAUAGGGCCAGGCAACCGAUGGGAGGAUGUUUAUCUGAAGCUAGAUGCCUUGCAACUGGCCACAUCUGGUGGGCGUGUCGCUUCGAUUGUACUUGCGUCCGGCCAGAUUGUAAAUGCAAAUGCCAAGUCAUAUCCAGACCUAUUCAAGGCUCUGAAAGGAGGUUCUAACAAUUUCGGUAUCGUCACUCGCUUUGACAUGAAAGUAUUCAAGCAGGGGAAGUUUUGGGGUGGCUUUAUCGGGCAGGAUAUUUCCACUAGAGAAACACAGUUCAAGCUAUUCGAGACUUUUGCGAAAAGCAAAGGGUAUGAUCCCUAUGCCGCUUUCAUCAACAGCUAUAGCUUCAACGCACAAUCAGGCUGGUUUAUCGCCAGCAGCUUCGAGUACACGAAGCCGGAAACAAGGCCGCUGGUCUUCAAACCCUUCAUCGAUCUCCCGCAGACCUUCAACACAAUGCGUAUCUCCAAUCUUACAGACUUCACAGUCGAAUUGGAAGGGCGGAAUCUCCCAGGACAGCGGCAGCUAUUCGUCACGGGCACGUUCAAGAACAGUGCCGCUACGAUGAAGCAGUAUUUCGACUUGUCAAACCAGACGCUUCAGCCUAUCAAGGAUACUCCAGGCCUGUCUUUCAGUUUGAGCUUUCAACCACUGCCACAAGAAAUUAUAAAUAACAAGCCUCCUGGCAACACACCCAACAGCGGCAACGUCCUCGGUCUCGGUCCCGAAGACGGAGAUCUCACCAACGCACUUCUGACCGUGUCAUGGUCUGACAUUAAAGACGACGACACCAUCAAUAAGGCUGCACAGGACCUGUUCGUCAAGGUGAAUGAUGCGGCCAAGAAACUCAAUACUUUCAACCCUUACCUUUAUCUCAAUUAUGCCGCCAAAUUUCAGAAUCCGAUAGGUGGUUACGGGCAGGACAGUCUGACCUUUUUGCAGAAAGUCAGCAAGCAAUAUGAUCCUCUACAGCUGUUUCAAAACCUGGUGCCGGGUGGAUUCAAGCUUAAUGUGCCUGUGAUCGCGGCGUGA